AAAGCAACAAGAGAAAGUUUCAACUUCAAGAGUACGCAUUACCAGAAAAGAUAUCACAAACAAAGCGUCUCUUCUUCUGUUUUCAUUUAACAAGAAACACUUCAAACUGUCUUCUCUGUUUUGUUUUUCUUUCCAUCCACCACCCACCCACAAAAUUUGUAAACUCGUGUUCUAUUGCCAAAUGGGUUCCAACUGAUAUACCCGUUAGUGUUCUUUUUUAUUGGUUUGUUGUGCUGUUAAAAAAAUGAUGAAGAGAGAGACGUUACAAGAAGUAGGGAUCAUCGGAGGAUUGGCCGGAGCUCAGGUGAUUUACGCCGGUAACUCGGAGCUACUGAGUCACUUGUUGUCUCUUGGAAUCGACCCACUUCUUAUAGUCAUCCUCUGCACCUUUGCUUCAUUUCUUCUCAUCACUCCUCUCGCUUUUCUCCUUGAAAGGAAACUUUGGCCUACAAGUCUAAGUUUCAAGUUGAAGACAAAACUAGUUUCAGUUUCUCUUGCUGGAGUGACUCUGUUCCAGUGGCUAUACUUAGAAGGAAUGAAACACACCUCUGCUUCAAUGGCUACAGCUAUGCCUAAUCUUUGUCCUGCUUUCAUUUUUGUCAUUGCUUGGGCUGCUGGGAUGGAGAAAGUGAAGCUAAGUUGUACGUACAGUAGAGUUAAGAUGGGAGGGACAGUGUUGUGUGUGAUGGGAGCUUUAAUUAUGAGCUUAAUGCACAGUACUGCUGCUACUUCUAGCUCGGUCAAGACUAUGCCUAUUGUCCCUGACGAGGUUGUUUUAGACAAGGACAAGAUUUUAGGUUGCCUCUAUCUCCUCCUCGCCAUCUGCGGCUUGUCCUCUAGUGUUGUCCUUCAGGCAUCCAUACUAGCCGAGUUUCCGGCUCCUGUAUCGAUGUUCUCGAUGGUGUCUUUGAUGGGUGGGAUCACCACUGUAGCUUUGCAGUAUGCUCUUAAUGGAAGUAUGGAAAUGGAAAGUGCAUCAGUCAUCGGUGUAGGCCACCUUGUGGGAUACGCAAUGCUGGGAGGGUUGGUGAGUGGAGGAGGGUUAAGCUUCAAUGCAUGGGUGAUUAAGAGGAAAGGACCAGUGGUUGUGUCUCUCUUUAGUCCAAUUGCUACUGUGGUAUGUGUUGUUGUCUCUGCUUUUACCAUGGAAGAGAGUUUCAACCUAGGAAGCUUUGCGGGGAUGGCGUUGAUGUUCGGAGGACUCUACUUCGUUCUGUGGGCUAAAGGGAAAGAAGAAGAAGGAAAAGGAGAUGAAAUAAAAGAAGAUGAUGAAGAAAGUGUGCUUAGAACAGAGUUUGAUCUUAAGAAGCCUCUCUUGCUUUAGUUUUAAGUCCUUCUCCCUUUCUUUAAUUUUCUUGUGACUUUAGUUUAGGUUUUUAAAGAAGUAAGAUCAGUUUUACUUGUACAUAUAAUAUACAUGUAUUACCGUGUGUGAUAUACUAUGAUAGUUGGUUUUUAAGAAUA